CUCAUGUUUUGCUUCCUUGUGGACGUGUUGCCACCUUGAAUGUAGGUCAGCUGUGUAUCAAUUGACAAUUGUUGUGCGUUCCUGGUCGCUAGAAAUAUCCAUAAAGAAGAUUUCGUCAUGGAAAUACAGGAGCUAAAAGAGUUGGCUUUAAUAUUCAAAGAAACAGCAAAUAGUAGAACGAAGACAACUCUUGAUAUAUUUUAUAACGUGGAGAAUUGUACCGAGCUGCUAUGUGCUGAUACAUACCUAAGAUACACACCAACUUACACAACUAAAACCGAACCAGCUCUAUCUUUUAGAGGUUCCAUAGAAAUAUUUGAAGUGAACAAAGUGAGAGUAGGACUUAGGAAUGUGUCGAGUAAGGACAUUGCAGGACAUGCUAAGUGGACAUUUUCUGUCUAUAACAGAAACACAGAGGACUAUCAGCUAAUAAGUAAAUCCAGAAUGAAGAUCGGUUCAUUUAAAGAGUUCUCUAAAUUCUACCUGCAGCGGUCUCACCUUCGUCAGCUUAUUCAUGAAAAUACUCUAUUAUUUAAGUGGCAUAUAGAGACGUUGCCUUCACCGCCUGGUCAGGUCAGAUCUCCCGGUGUUAUUAAGGAAGCUUUAGACAAAUUAUUUGAAACUUUAUCUGUUGAUAAACAUAAUGAAAGUGAGAAGCAGAAGACAUUGCUUUCAAUAAUGGAAGACCUGGGUGAGUGUAAAAAUCGACAAACAAAUAGUGAAGAAAAAGUUACAAACUAUAGAACAGAAUGUCUUAGACAUAAACGACAGGCUUACGACAAUGUUAUCGAAUACAUAUGUCACACGAGAACGUUUUCUUGAAGAAAGAGGACGUCAAACAUAUCAUUCACCACAAACAACCGAUCAAAACGAAUUGAGAAAUGAAAUGAAAAUGACUUUGGAAGAAAAACGAGAAACACGUCCGAAAAGAAACUCUGCACAAUACGAGGCAAAGACUAGACAAAAACUAUCCUUUGAUAAAGAAACACAAACAGAGAGAGAUUUUUUGAACGUUUUUAAGCCUAAGUACACAGAAAGGCUUCUCUCAAGAUCUCCAGUCUCUCCCAAUCUCAGUGGGAAGAGUACAGAUCUGCCAAUGUUUCUGAAAAACAGGCGUCAAGAAAAAAAAGAUUUAGUAUGUAAAAGAUAUCCACAGAGGUUGGAAAGUAAAUUCCAACAUGAGUCGUUAAUCCCCUCACACAGAAGAUUUAGUUUUAUGGAAAGCUACUCACCAAGGGUCGAGGAAGAAGUUUAUUAUAGUGCAGAGGAAAGUCUAAAAAGUCCUGAAAUGACAUACGAGCUAGAAUGUAUGUCAAGUUCCGAUAUACCAACAGGCAAGCGCAUACUCUUCCUCGGUAGUGACCUUGACCUGAUGCGUGCAAUUUUAUAUCACCAAUAUAAAAAUUCAGCGUUGUGGAGAAUGUCGGAGAAGAAAGAGCUUCAACUGGUAGAGUGCAAGAAUGAAGGAAUCUAUUUCUAUUGUGGCUGCUUCUCAGGAUCCCAUCCUGUAAGUGACGUUCGGAGGUUAAUGAUGAACUCUGAAAAGUAUACAUCACAUGGUUUUCAUGGAUGUGUUCUUUUUAUAAGGACAGCACUUGACAAAAAUAUACUACACAUUUUUGAUGCUAAGUUUCUAAGACAAUUUUGUAUUUUGCUAAUAUCAACUGAUCUUGAUUUUAUUGGUUUUGAUGACAAAAAUAUAGUACGUUUUGACUGGUUUAGCUUUGGGCCUGAAAUACUUAAAAACAAGUUAAAACUUGUAAGCACUGAACAGUUUCUGUUUGAUAAACUCAUCAUGAAAAUGGCAUUUGAUAUAAUGCCACCAGAGCCAAAAGCAUUAAAAGAAAUGAAUGAGUUGAAAGAGAAAUGUUUAUCACUUAGAGAUUUUAUUCAUACAAUAAUAUAUAAAUAUAAAGUGGGCCACGAAGUGCUACCUCUGACACAAGAAAUUAGAUUACUACUUCAGGAAUGCCUAGAUAUUUUAGAAGAUCACAAUAAAUUAACAAAAAAAUAAUAAUUAGAAAGUUAAUAAUGUUAAAUUGUUGGAUAAUGGACUAUUUAUACGGGUAUCAAUGCAAGUAUGAUUACUAUAUUUAGUGAUGGAAACCAAAAACGAGGGCAUCAAAAUACAUGUUUAGAAGUUUGUAAAAAAAAAAAAAUAAAUAAAAUAUUUUACAUUACCGCCGUUCAUUCAAGAAAAGAAACAUUUAGUCUAGUUGAUACACACACACACACAGACAUACAUAUAUAAAAGCCGCAUUUUUAUGUGUUUUUUUUU